UAAGUAGCUAACUUAAGCUAAUGAGCUAGGAAGAAUAAACAGGUUGUUUAUUUAGUUGACGAGGUCGGCUGUAUACACGGCUGGACAUCGGGGGAUGAUAUGCAGACUUCAGAUGAUCCCUAUGAGAAUUUCAUUCUGCAGCAUUUAAAGCAUUAUGGACUUUUUAAAGCCCAGAGAUCCACGUUUCUGCAGAGAAAUGUUUCAGCAUGCAGACUAUGGGACAUCAAGCAUGAUUCUGUGGCCAAAGAUAUUCACCAUUCAACUGCUGACAGCACAGACAUGGAUGAGGAACAACCACAGGCACAUCAGGGACAAUUCUCUUUCAACAUGGAGAAAUAUCUUAGGACCAGGCAGCUACUAAUUGACCUUGAUGGUGGAAAACCUAUCCCACGCCUGAGGGAACCACUCGACCUCUUUUCUAUCCCUUCCAUUUCCCGUCCCUUCCAGGGUGUUCGCUGGCCAGUUGAAUGUGAAGUUGUCUGUGAUGAAAUCCAUCAUAUCGAAUGGGAGCCUCCAGAACCAGAACCAUUUUAUCAACAGACAGGUUAUGAACAAUCCCCUAUGCCAGUAGGAGAAGAAAAAGGAAUCACCAUUUAUUGUGUAGACUCUGCUACAAAAAUGUCCUGCUUCACUCGUUCACGUGUUGUUGGCAGCAGGAGGCAUAUAAAGAAUUUUACAUCUUCUGCCGACAGCCAAGAGACACCGACCCUAUCUUUUGAGUCAAGAUUCGAAAGUGGUAAUCUUCAAAAAGCAGUUAAAAUUGGCCAUUAUGACUAUGAGCUCACUUUGCGCAAUGACAUGUACACCACAAAGCACACACAGUGGUUCUACUUCCGUGUGAAGAACAUGAAGGCUGGUGUCACGUACCGUUUCACGAUUAUCAACCUGAUGAAAUCCAGCAGUCUGUAUGAAGCUGGUAUGCGCCCACUGCUGUACUCUGAGCUUGGUGCCUGCCGAAAGGGAGAGGGUUGGUAUCGUACAGGCAACAACAUACGGUAUUACCGGAAUGAGAGUGAAAAAGAGAGCCAUCCACUUUACUCACUCACCUGGACACUGGAGUUUCCUUAUGAAAAUGAUACCUGCUACUUAGCUCACUGCUACCCAUACACAUACUCGGACCUACAACACUAUCUGCAAGGUGUGGCUUCAGAUCCAGCUCAGGCGAUGUACUGUAAAGUGCGUGUACUAUGUCGAAGCUUGGCAGGAAAUUCUGUGUAUGUCCUGACUAUUACUGCACCAUGUGGCACUUGGGAAGAGCGAAGAAACAGGCAAGCAGUGGUAGUGACAGCACGGGUGCAUCCAGGAGAAACAAACAGCUCAUGGAUGAUGCAAGGCUUCUUGGAAUUUCUGUUGGGUAAAUCCCCCGAUGCGCAUCUAUUGAGGGAAACCUUUGUUUUUAAGAUAGUGCCAAUGCUGAACCCUGAUGGAGUGGUGGUUGGAAAUUACCGCUGCUCACUAACAGGCCGUGAUAUGAACCGCAACUAUCGUACUCUACUUAAGGAGUCAUUUCCAUGUGUAUGGUACACUCGCAACAUGGUGAAACGGUUGCUUGCUGAGAGAGAAGUGGUACUAUACUGUGACUUUCAUGGCCACAGCAGAAAAAACAAUGUAUUCAUGUAUGGUUGCACUGACCGUAAGGAUACCUCACUACAUCUUCAAGAGAGAGUCUUUCCUCUGAUGAUGAGCAAAAAUGCCAAUGACAAGUUCUCUUUCAGGAGUUGUAAGUUUAAGAUGCAGAAAGGGAAAGAAGGCACUGGUCGCAUUGUAAUGUGGAGACUUGGGAUCAGAAACAGCUAUACUAUGGAGUCCACCUUUGGAGGCUCCACUUUAGGAGGCAGAAGAGGAACUCAUUUCUCAGUGGGGGACCUGAAGUCUAUGGGCUACCAUUUAUGUGAUACCCUCCUUGACUUCUGUGACCCAGACCAAGCCAAGACUGAAAAUUGUCUAAAGGAACUGGGGGUUAUGCUGAAGCAGGAGAUCAGGCGGAAGUUGGGCAGGGAGGUGGAUUGCCUGGAUGGCAUCUCUGAUGUGGACAUUGAGUCCAGUACAAGUGGAUCAAAUAGCACAGACUCAGAUGGUCUGCCUGCUCAUCUUUUAAACUGCACAGACCAGGAUAUAAAAGUCAAGAAGAAGCAUUUACGGAGCAGAAAAGAAAGGAAUAGAUUAAGACAGCAGGGGGCUGUGCAGCAGAGUGCAAAAUCCAGGACCCUUCACAGAGACAACAAAAUCACAGAUACAAUAACAUCAAAUGAAGAUCAAGUGAAUGAAAGAAUGCAAGAAAAAAUCAGUCCAGUGAAAGAGGGGAAGAGCCAGAAACCAAAUGCACAGUUAGUGAGGAUUAAUCAGUCUGGAAAGACCUGGAUCUCACAUCCUAUUCCACGUGUCGGUCUUGUUGGUCAUGAGAAUUUUUGGGAGGACAAGAAAGACAAGCAUGGCUUAGGUUACUCUCCUACCUUAUUAGAUGAAACGGGAAGGUUAAUAAAUCACUCCCGGAGGCAAACACAGCACCACUGUGUCACUGCAGUUCCCCACAGAUUAUCAUGUCUGCCUAUUCAGCAGUUCCCCAUGCUUUUCAACAAGGAUGUCAAAGCACACCCGGGAAUGAGAGGAAGGUCCUCUGUUUCAAAAAUUGCACUGCAUCGGGUUGUUCCUGAGUUUAUUUCUGUUAAAGAACUAGAGCUCAACCGCUCAGCCUACUCCUCUCCGGCCCACACGGACAACCAGUACAAUAUCAGGCAGAAAAGAACACCACAGUCAACCAAAGUUUCACUUGAAUCCUACAUACCUGAAAUACCAAACACUAUGGGCACCCUGAGGACCAAUCAUAAAAGAAAUGUUCUGGGUCAGGCAGUACUGGGGACUGAGCAGUCCAGAGAAGCAGAGCAGCUCAACAAACAAGAAAGAGGCAACUACUCUUUCUUCCCUGAUCUGAGAAGCAUUAACAGGCCUGGCAAGAGCAAUAUGAGGUGCUCAGGUGUGCAGGCUGGACUUAGAGCUCUAAGGCUAGAGGCAUUAAGUGGUGGGCAUGAAGAUGCAGCUUCAUCAGGCAGCUGGAGCAGUGAAGAAGGGUGCAUGCUUCCCAUACGUUGGAAACAGAAUAAAUAAAUGCCAUAAGCUCAUAAAGCCACAAGCUCAUGAAGAAGAGGAGUUAAAAGAGAUCACAUCAGGGAAAAGUCUGGAAACAGGGA